UCACGAUUCACAAUUCACCAUAAAGUUGUACACAUUUCCAGCUCCUACGGAUCCACAAAUUUCCUUCCAAUUUCGACACAAAAUAUCAGAGACAAUGGAGAUUUUCAUGCCGUUCCCCCGUCUAGUUAUGGCAAUGGCAGUGGCUCUGAUCCUGGCUCUGCCAGUCUCCGCCCAAGUCAGUUCCCCUUGCACCGCCAACAUGAUUUCUAGCUUUUCCCCUUGCAUGAGUUAUCUCACUAAUAGCAGCGCCAAUGGUACAUCACCAACCGCCGCCUGCUGCAAUUCGCUAAAAUCCGUCACAAGUACUAGCAGGGACUGUGUGUGCCUCCUUGUGACUGGAAACGUUCCCUUCCAGCUGCCAAUCAACCGGACUCUAGCCCUCUCUCUUCCUCGUGCCUGCAACAUCCCCGGUGUCCCUCUCCAAUGCCAAGCCGCUGGUGCACCCAGUCCUGCUCCAGGCUCCCUGUCGCCAACUCUUUCUCCUGGAGCUUCACCAUCUGCUCCAACAGCUUCCUCUGUCCCAGAACCCACCUCAUCAGCUGAGUCACCGGAAUCCGACAACACACAAGGUUUAACUCCACCAUCUACAACAGGGGGCUCUGCAGCUCCAACUGCAACUACUGGGAGCCGCCCGGUUCUGACUCCAUCAGCUGCCACGCCCUCUUACUCGCCUUCUCUUCUGCUAUUGGCAUCCGGCGUUCUAGCUUUCAAGUUUUUCUAGGCUGAUUAUUUUAUGUUCAUCUCUAUACAUAUUCUUUCGUACAUUGUUGUAUGAGUGUGAGUGUGAUUCUUGUUUUUUGCUACUUCAGAUCAUUGUAAGCCAUGUAUUGGUGAUUAUUUAUUGUAUUUGUGAAAAAGAUAUUUGUUUCGUUUCA